CCCCCCCCAGCUGACGGCUGCGGGUGCAGGUACAAGAUGCUGAUCCACAUCCGGACGCACACCAACGAGAAGCCGCAUCGCUGCCCCACCUGCAACAAGAGCUUCUCCCGCCUGGAGAACCUGAAGAUCCACAACCGCUCGCACACAGGCGAGAAGCCCUACAUCUGCCCCUACGAAGGCUGCAACAAGCGCUACUCCAACUCCAGCGACCGCUUCAAGCACACCCGCACCCACUACGUGGAGAAGCCCUACUACUGCAAGAUGCCGGGCUGCCACAAGCGCUACACGGACCCCAGCUCGCUCCGCAAGCACAUCAAGGCCCACGGCCACUUCGUGUCCCACGAGCACCAGGAGAUGCUCAAGGGCCACCCGCCCCCCAAGACGCCCCUGGGCUCGGCGGACGUGCCCUACGUCAACGGGGCGCAGCUCGUCAUCCCCAACCCCGCCGCUCUCUUCGCCCCCCACGGGCUGCCGGGGCUGCCCAUCCCGCUGGCGCCGGCCCCGCUCGACCUGAGCGCGCUGGGCUGCGGGGCGGGGGGCUCAGGGGGGCUGCCCGCCCUGCCCGGCCCCGCGCUGCCCCUCAACGGCGGCCCCCUGAACUUGGCCAAGAGCCCGCUGCUGUCCUCGCCCUUCGCGGCUGGCGGCCUGGGGCUGCCCGUCAUGUCGCUGCUGGCCGGCGGGGCCAAGGCCGAGGCCGACAAGGCGGCGGGGGCCGAGGGCCGCAAGGGCGGCAAAGGGCCGGAGAGCCGCAAGCCGGGCUGCGAAAGGACGGAGCUGGGGCGCCUGCGGGCCCCCCCCGAGAGCCUGGCGCUGCUGCCGGGGGCCGUGCUCGAUCUGUCGGCUGGCAUCGGGGCGGCGGGCAGCCCCCCCGAGGCGCUGCCCCCCGGCUGGGUCGUCAUCCCGCCCGGCUCCCUGCUGCUCAAGCCGGCCGUGGUGAAUUGAGGGGCCGGCCCCGCUCCCGGAAUCGGGGGGGGGACGCGCCAAGACCCCCGGCGCUGCCUCCGCCGGCAGCAGGCCUGCGCGCGAUUUUCACCU